AUGGCCGAGUCCGAGAAGCCGUCAUCCUCUACAGAUGCGCCUCUGACGCACCUCCCCUUCCCGCCCGUCACGAAGCAGCACAUUCUGAACUGCUCUUUCCAUGCGUGGCAUCCUAGGCACCGCAAGAUAACGCCCAAGGCUCGUUUGAUACCGCUCUCGCGACCCUUCUUAAAUUAUCUACGCGCCGACGGCAUCAUUUUGCCCCCCGACGAAGAAGCUUCCCGCCGCGACUGGUCCGACGAUGACAGCGGCAUCUUCUCCUCUACCGAGAACCCCGACGAAGACGGCGAUGACGACGAGGAUCCCUCCAGAGAGUGGCCCGAGAUCCACAACGCCAUACUGGAGACCAUUGAAGAGCUCGGCGGCAAGGUCUGCCCCAAGCUGAACUGGUCGUCGCCGAAGGACGCAACAUGGAUCAACGCUACAAACACCAUGGACUGUCGCACUCCAGGCGACAUAUACAUGAUGCUCAAGAGCUCAGACUUCAUCACCCAUGACCUCGAGCAAGCCUUCGCCGACACCGAUGACGCUCCUGCCGUUGAAGGGGACCGGAAGAUUACUGGCGUGUCCGAGGUCCCGUACUACCUGGUCCUGCGCAAGUUCUUCAUGAUAAACCCCUCGGUCGAAUUCCGUUGUUUUGUGAGGAAUCGGCGGUUGCUCGCAGUCACGCAGCGCGACCCUAACCACUACGAAUUCCUGGCCCCGAUGGUCGAUCAGCUGCGCAAAGUCAUCAACUCCUUGUUCGAGGAACAUUUGCGCGACAGCUUUCCCGAUCCUAACUUUUCGUUCGACGUGUACAUUCCGCCAAAGUAUGAAAAGGCAUGGUUGAUAGACAUUAAUCCCUGGGCUCAAAGAACGGACCCAUUGCUCUUCAGUUGGCUUGAGCUCCUUACCAUGGAUGGGCCCGAGCACUUUGAGGAAAUGAUGAAGAAAGAAAGGGAUGAGCAAGAAAAGGAAGGGUUUGUGAGGCUACAGCUGCGGCCUGCCGUUGAGCCACAAGCUGGGCAGCCUGAGUCAGAAGCGAUGGGUGCAGAAGAUGAUGAAGACGACGAUGCGAAGACUGCCACCCCGGACUCGGAUGACGAGGCGGAUGAAGAGAUCUGGAUUCCCGAGCUGCGGCUUGUCAAGAAAGACGACCCGGAAGCCUAUUCGUUUGCAUCUCCAGCCUACAGCGCCCAUAAGCUACCCAAGGAUGUCGUGGAUGCCAGCAAUGCCGGAGAAGGCGGUAUGCGCGAGUUUGCUGAAAAGUGGAAGGAGAUCUUGGCGAGGGAGCAAGAGGCAGAUAGAAACUACUCAAGCUCAGAAGAUGAUGCAUAA